UGGUACGCGCACCUCGUCCGCGUAAUACUGCGACUGAAUUUCUGUCCCUAUCGUUCGUGAGUAUCGAUAAGUAUAGAAGUGUUCUUUUGCGUGCUUCAGGUUUAUCGAACAAAAAGGGAAUAGUAAGGGAGAAAGAGAGAACGAAGAGAUGCAGUUAAAAGUUUUUUUGCUUGUGCUACUAUUGCACGCUUCAGUUGCUUCAGAUUUCGAGGACAACUUUAAGAACUGUCAUCCUAACAUAUCAGGUUUUGACGUCUGCAUAAGAGAGGGAUUGAAUGCUAUUCGACCUUAUUUCAAAACCGGUUUACCGAAAUACAAUAUCCUCCCAUUUGAUCCCUUUUUUGCCAGAGAGGUAACAGUCACAAGAGGAGUACCGAACUUUGGUUUUACUUUAACUCUUCGAAAUAUCACCGAGAGCGGGUGGUCCCUGAGUAAAGUGACAAAAUUUGUUUCCGACUUAAAUAAUUACAAGAUUGUGUACACGCAAAGUUUCCCAGAGAAAAGGUUGACGGGUGAUUAUGAGUUUAAAGGCGCAUUCUUCAGCUCCACUAUAAAUAAUAGAGGAAAAUUCUCACUCACUUUAUAUGAUCUAAUACAAAUGACCACCGUGACCAAAUUGCCGGAACAAAGAUUGAAGGCUCAAAUGGACGUUCAAUCUAUCAAAGAUUUGAAGCUUCACAUUUCAAAUCUUCUAUUUGGCAAACGAUUCCUUGAGAGUAUCCUCGAUAAAAUAAUUAAUAAUACGUGGCAGCCGGGUUUCGUCCUAACGAGGGGCCUGAUCAAUGAACUCGUUUCGACUGCUUUCACAGAGAUUUUUGAUAAUGCCUUCCAUGAUUUUCCCUUUGAGCAAAUUUUCAAAUCAAAGCCGUUUAUAAAUUAAAUUGAUUGUAACUUUGAGAUACAUUACGCUUGAAUUGUAUAAAGUAAAUUUGUUAAUGAGAAAAUAAGUGAAUAUAAGAAGUGUAUCUGUCAGUUCGUAAGCAAUCUAACCGUUAAACUAUUACGAGAGAGCGAAAUUUUUAGAGUAAAUUUUGCAACUCUUGUUACAUUUACAUAAUAAGUUGUGUAUAUAAACUGCGUACAUUAGCACAUAAGAUAUACGUGUGGCAUACUACGUUAAAUAAAUAUAUUCUCUUUUU